AUGGCUACUCCGAACCGCAAUAUUCGCGUUACUAUGUUCGCUUACAAGAAUGACGCAAUGUCGGAAGAACAGUUCGACGAGCAUUGGUCUGCAAUACAUGCGCCAAUCGUGGCACUAUCACACCCUUCUUCGAUGCGCAAACUGGUUCAUGGACAAUACGAGCGGGCAGGUUCUGCUCAUCCCCCUUUUCCCGAUAACGAUGGCCUAGUUGAAAUAGUCGUGCCGGAUAUGGAAACUUAUAUGAGCUUGUCUAAAAGGCCCUACUACAAGAAAACUGUGGCACCAGACGAAGCUAAAUUUUUCGAUUGGGCAAAGACGCGUGUUGCCUUCGGCUGGGAGGAGACGUAUGUGGAAAAUGGUCAAAGCUUAGUGUUGAAUGAAAGAGUAGCAAAGCUAUAA